AUGGCCGUAUCUCUGUGUGUAGGGGAUAUUAUCAGUCUGUAUUCCGAAGAAGUGUAUGGAUACGUGUUCAGUCAGCUGUCCAGCUGUGCACACACCGCACUUCAGGUGUACCCGAAACAAGACAGAGAUAAGCCAAAUCUUCCAAAUCCCCAAGCUGCAACAUUUCAAGUAUGUAUACAAAACAGAUACAAAGCACAGAAAAGGUACAGAAAAGCCAAAGAAGCCAGCGAAAUUGACCCUAAUAAUUUGGCUAGGAAAAAUAAAGCAUCAUCAUUCAAGAUUUCUGCAGAUGCUGAAGAGAAUGACAAUGAACAAGAACAGAAAAGACAGCAUGGCAAGCCAGUCAAAUAUGGCCAGGUUGUACAGCUCAAACACUUGUUCACCAAUAAAUAUAUUCACGUUAGUUCAACACAAACCUCCGCUACAGAGUACAGUAAUAUGCUUGUGGAGUUACUUGACUACAAUGCUAAAAAUGCACAGUUUAAAAUCAUGCCAAGAUAUAAAGUGAAAUCAGAAGGAGAUACAGUACAAGUAGAUGAUCAAAUAGUUUUAGAAAGUUUCAAAUCUGCUGGACAGUUUUUACAUGUUAGUAAAGCAGUAUUUGGUCAACGGUUUGUCAAUUCUAACACGUUGGAAUUGAAUUUAUCUGUAAGACAGUCUGGUUUUACACUGCAUAGAUAUGAUAGCCCAGAUAUUCAACACACAGACCUCAUCAGGGCUGGCUCCGUGUUUAGAUUAUUUCACAAAGAGCUAGAAGCCUAUCUUACAGCAGAGGGUGUUUUUGGUGCAGAAAUAAGUGAAGAUGUUCACUUGAGGGUGAGAAUAACUGAUCCAAGUCAUCCCAAAACUCUUUUUCCAUCCACAUCAGCAAUAGUUUACUGGCAGAUAGAAGCUGAAGAAGGAAUGAUGAAAGGUGAAACAAUGAGAUGGGAGCAGCAGUGUCGUCUGAGACAUUUCACAACUCGAAAAUAUUUACGUCUAUCUGGCAAGGGCAGUGAUGUGCAGGUAACAUUAACAGAAACAGCAUCCGAUCCAAAGACUGUAUUUCGAUUACAUCCUGUGAUCCAUGAUAUGGAUGAAAUACAGUUUGAAAGUUAUGCCAGGAUAGAACACGUUGUUACAGGAUUUUGGUUACAUGGUCUAAACGAUAUGUACCAAAGUAAUAAGUCUAAGGUGUGGCUUGAAGAGGGUAAAAAGGCAGAUUCAAUGAGUGGUCUACAAUGGGAUAAAGCUGCAUUAAAAAAAAUCACUGCAAGUGAAGCUAAAUUAUAUAAUGAUGCAUUUACAAUUCAAAAGGUUGAUGAAGAGUUAAUUCAAAUCUUCAACUUUGUUGCUGGUAUGGUACCGUUCUUACAGAAAUUUAUUGAUGAUAAAAAGAAUGGUAUGGUUGUGAAUGCCAAAAGAGCUCAGACUGUCUUAUCAGCAUUGGAAGAACUGAAGAACUUUAUGAUAGUAAAAGGGGAACCAAUUAAAAAUAGACAGAAGUUAUUGAGAAAUCUGAAAAUACUUGAAUUGCUCGUACAGAUAGCUCAGAUAUCAUACAUGGGAACCAACGAUGAAAAAUUAAUGGUUGAUAUCAUUGUAGCCUGUUAUAAUGUGAUGCAUACGUAUGUUAUUGGUGACAGUAGAAAGAAUGAACUCUAUAUUGCAAGAUUUAUUGAUUUCUUUCAAACUCAGAUUCUCAGAGAGGGACCUGUUGGACUUAAUGCUGCCCACAUGGUUAUGGAGUUAUUCCAGGACAACAGGAAAAUCAUUGAUAGAGUGACAAGAGCACAGAUUGAUGCAUUUGUUGAAUUACUCAGGAAAAACAAGAAUUAUAGAUAUUUAGAUUUACUGAGUGUGAUGUGUGUUUGUGAUGGUGUGGCCAUUCCUGAUAACCAAACUUAUAUAACUGAGGCCUGGUUAGUUAAUGGUAAAAAAGGUUCUCAGUCCUGUCUAUAUUUAACUGAGGUUGGGACAUCAUUAGGCAAAGAUCCUGAUGUGGUUUAUGUAUCUACUGAUAAUGGUAAAAGAUGGAUUGCAUUACCACAGUUUACAAAGGAUGUCUCAAGUGAACAGUUUUUAUUUCUUGAUCAUCAGCUUGAUUUAUUUGGUAAAUUAUGUGAAGGUCGUAAUGAUUAUGCCAUAAAUGUCAUUGCAAAGGAGCUUAAAUACCUUACUUGGGAAGAAGCUUACAAUUGCUUACAGAACAAAAAUCUACCAGAUCAACUGCGAGCAAAGUAUUGCGGACUGAUUAUUAGUCUCUUUGUAGAUGUUGGUGUAAAUGCUUCUAUCUUAGAACGAGUCAAACUAUCCUAUGAAUGGGAUGAAGUACAGACAGGAAAAUCUUUGGAAAAAACUGUACAGAGUGUAGUUCCUGACUCUGAUCUGAAGAAUGUAUAUUUUUCAAAGCUUAGUGAAUGGAUUAAUUUAAUGCUGGGUGAAAACACAGAUAUGACAGCAUCUUUAAUUGGGCAUAAUAUGCUAGUGGAACAGGUACUCAAGCUUGUCCACACGUUGGCUAAGUUUGGUUAUUAUGACAAAACAGAAGAUAUUUUAAAUCUGUUGAAACCCAUGAUGAGUUUGAUGGAUGGUAGAAACGAUAAGCCGUAUCCCAAUAGCACUUUACAAGGUGGUCCUGAAGUCAGGAGAGAAGUAUUACAGCAUUAUAGAAGUAAACUUCGAUUUGAACAAAGUCCUGAAGCAAAGGCUGUAGUAGAUGCAAAAUAUAUGGCUAUGGAAGUUGUGGAUUUGUUCUUAAAUUUUCGCUUCAAUGAAAGACUAGAUAGAUUCAUUGCAGACUUCAAGCAUUUGUAUAGUCAUACACAUUCCAUAGAAACUAGAAAGAGCAUGCUUUUUGGUGGAUCAGACUUGCAAGCAUUGUUGAGAGAAGAUUUUGAUCCAGAGAUGCGUGAUAAAAACCAUGCCAAGAAAGCUGUUUCUCUUUUGAGAGAAAUGUUUAAAGAGACUGCUUACUUCAAAGGAGAUGAAUUAACUGAAAUCUUACUGGACUUGUCACACUAUAAAUAUGAUAAGAUGAUUCAAGAGUCCAUGUACUUAUUAAACCGACGAUACUCAGCAUAUUCAAAUCUCUUCAAUCGAGCUGUGCAGGCGCAGCAUUUCAGUAUCGAAAGAGCUCUUGAUAUUGACAUAGAACACUGGGAGGACUUGCAAACGACAGAUCCAACUGGAGAUGUACACUGUCCAGAUGAAGAACCAGAAGAACGUCAUCCCAUGAACCAAACUAUCCUGUACAAUUUUGGUGUUUUGGCUGACAUAUUUGAUAUUGUGGCUCAAGAGAUUGAUGUAAGAUUAAUGGAACAAUAUUCUGGGUUACAAGCAAUCUUCAAGAAGUGUUUCGCAUUCCUUCAAGUUAUGGCAAGGGGAAAUGAAAUCGUACAAAAGAGAUUGUAUGACAGAUUAGAUGUUCUACUCGAUGUCAAAGGUGCUGAAGCUGAAAUGGCAAAGGCUCUUACAGAGGUAUUUACAGGUAAUAAGACGACAUGCUUAAAAAUCAGAAUGCAUCAAGUCCAGAAAGUAAUGCAUCUUGUAUCACAACAUUUAAAUGAAGUGCCAGAGUUUCUUGAGUUGCUCAAUGCUAUUGUAAAGGUUGAAGAACUGAACCUUCCAAUCAAACGUAAUCAAUCCUACGUGAUGAAAUUCUUUAUGCAGUACAGACCAGAAGUUGCAUAUAUCAUAGAUCAAACACCAGAAGAAAGAGAAAAAGUACUACUUUCUGAUGAAAGCAACCCAGAUUUGAUAUACAUGUCGGCAUUAGUGGAUGUAUUAGCAACAUGUGCAGAGGGUGAGAAUAGAUUCAUUGAGUCUAUCUGUCAAACGAUCUUUUCAUUGGAUGAGUUGCUAUCUAUAUUGUCCAAUCCUAAUAUCAGCAAUAAGAUUAAGAAACCAUUUGCUCGGUUCACCUUGUGGGUGUACUUGAAUACAGCUGGUGGGAUGGUUGAUAGCGGUGCUGAAGAUAUGCCCCAUGAUAAGCGUUUUUGGGGAAUAAUGGAAAAUAUGACUAAAGAAUUUGAGAGCCUCAUUGAGUAUAUGAGCAAUAAUAAAAGCAAAGUAAAACAACAAUUGAAGAAGGCACCAGCCAAGGUAGAUCCAACAGAAGAUGGCAAAAAUCAUGCUACAUUGCAUUAUAUAUUUGAUGGAAUGUUGCCCAUGAUUCAGGUGUUCUUUAUGCAGUUUUAUAGAAUUGAUAAAGAACAAUACCCUGACGAACCAGAUAAAGUUGAUAAACUUGCGACAACUGUGCUGAAUUUUGUAAAGGUUGCUGGUGAGUUGUUAUCUAAUAUGACACAUAUGAAAACAAUGGUGUCUGCAAGUACUGCUUUGUUAACUGCAUCAACUCUGGAUAUCAAGGUAAUGGAAGAUUUCAAAGCCAAAUAUACCCAUGGUGGACGCUCACAAGAUGUGAGGAGUGAUGCACAAAAGAAAUAUGAAGAUUAUUAUAAAGCUGAAGAGGAGGUGAAUGAUUUGUUAAACUUGUUUGCCAAUAACUACAGUUUGUCUUAUGGUGGUGAGAACACAGUGAGUGUGCAACUUAAAAAAGACAGUGAUAAUACACGAGAAUACACUGAAAUUGGUGGUGAUGAAGAACUUCCUCUUGGUGAAGAAUUUCAAGAACACGUAAACUGUUUCAUAUACAAAAGUUCCCAUAACAGUUUACCAAUACAGAAUUUGAAAAAAAAGAAGAAGAAACAGACAGAAUCCAAAUAUGAACUUGCCAGCAAACUGGUAGAAGAACUCUUGAUUUCUGGUAACAAUCCCCGAUCAACAGAGCGGGAAAGGCUAUUACAAGAAGCAUUGGAUGUUAAGUGUUUGCAGUUACUCAGAGCGUUAAUUCACAAUGAAGAGCGUCAGUUACCAGAAGAUUGGUUAAAUGAUCCUAAAAACAAUGAAGAUCAACUUGAAAAGAUUGUGGCUGUACAAAAGGAAUUGAAUGAACAUGGUGCCAUGUUAAAAGUAUUACCGUUAUUGGCCAGGACAAGUGAUAGUUUAGCAAGAGAAGUGUUAGCGUUUUUAUCAGCUAUGUUAUUUGGUGGGAAUGAAGACGUACAGUCAAGUCUAAUUGAUUAUUUCUUAAGUACAAGAGAAGAACAUUUCUUUAUGGCGAUUAAAAAUCGUAUGAAUUUAUCUGCUGUGGCUACUAAAGAAAAGCGAGCACUUCAAUCCCAACAUCGAGCCAAAAUUGAUGAGGCAUUGGAGCAACAGAAAAGUUUGAAUAAAGCCUUGAGACAUGGCAAGGUUAUUGCUGAGACCAUCUUAGCUGGAUCUAUGAUGAUGAAAAGGAGUACUGCUGGCAGCAAAGGUAGACUUGGUAGUAGAUUUGGUAGUAAGAGAGGUAAAGGAGGAAUGGUUGGGAGUCAGAGAUCAAUGAAUAGGCAAAAAUUCUUACAAGGAAGUCGACGAACAUUGCGACCUCAAAACAAAGUGAAUGAUAUUGAUACUGCAAUUUCAGCUGGUACAAGUGGUGCAGCGAAUGGUUCAAAGAAAGCUUUGAAUUCCAAAGAAAGUAUUGAAAUGGGUGGUAUAAAUAAUGAUAAAGUACCAUUAAUAAAAGUGGAUAAACAUGAUAAAGGAGCUUCACUUAAAGAUUUGGGUGAUAUUGAAUUUGAGGAUCUUCCACCAGAAGUUCAAAAAUUAAUAGAAGAAGCUGAAGCGGAUGAUUUGGAAUUCAAAGAUGAUGGAUUCAUUGAGUUAGUGUUAAGAAUAUUAGGACAGAUGUGUGAUGGACAACAUUCAUAUUUACAGAAUUACCUACGUGAACAACCUGAUAACAUCAAGAGCGUUAACCUAGUGGCAGAGACAGCUAGAUUUCUUGAUCUACUGUAUUCUAAUAUUGACGAUUCAAGUAUUGCACUUGUUGAAGAACUCUUUACAACACUUAAUGAAUUUGCAUCGGGUAACCAUGCCAACGCAAUGGUAAUAUUUGACAACAAGAUAAUAGAAUAUAUUAAUUAUAUUCUACGUGACACCAAUAUGGCUAGUAAGAUAGUACUGGAGGACAACAAACAAUUUCUUCACCAAUUGAGGUUGUCUAUUGCUAAUCUAAUUAUGUCAAUGAUAGAAGAAAAUAGUGCUGAAAGCACAUUGUUGGCAGAAGAAGUCAAAGAAACCAUAGAUGAAGAUGCAAUACAUGAAAUAAUGCUCGAUUAUUAUAGAAAAGCAAAAGCGGCUUCAGAUAAGAGCACCAGAGAAGAUUACACAGUAACUGGGUUUGCAUAUUAUCAUAUUUUAAUGAGAUUACAGGAUAUAGAUCCACAAAUCAAUAAAGAAAAUUUGGUGAAAGUUAAAGACGAUGAUCCAAGUUAUUCUAUAGAAUGUGAUAAAGGAUGGGAAUUCUAUGCAGCUAACUCAAUGUCAGUUGAACUACUUAAAGAUGGAGAAGUUCAGAAAGUACACUUCAGAGUUAAUGAUACUACUGUAUUAAGAGAAGAAGUAAAAGAGAAAGUGAAGUGGAACAUCAACAGAGAGUCACAGAGUGAUAAGAUUGUGGAUUUUGUUGAUUGGUCAAAAGAUAUCAUGAGUGACAUCAAGUACCAGACCAAAGUUUUAUCGUACAAACCAGCCAAAUUUUUUAUCACCUUAACGCCUUUGUGGAAUUGGUCAUUGUUACUAUUGUCAUUUGCAAUCAAUAUUAUCAUAGUGGCAACAUGGAUUGCUCCAGCUGAUACAAAAACACAUCUGUUUGGUAAAGAAGUCCAUGAAGAGAGACAGUCUAACUUGGAGACAAAGUUCUUCAGUUUUACCACCUUUUACUACAUUGUGUUUUUCGGAUUCUCCAUUGCUGGUACAUUUCUCUAUGGAUACUUUUUUUGUUUCCAUUUACUUCACAUUGUGAUUAUGAAUCAGCUUUUGAACAGAGUGUUAUUGGCUGUCACACUCAACGGCAAAUCACUACUCUGGGUUUUCCUGUUGGGUUUCAUCAUCAUUUACAUCUAUGCAAUUGUUGGAUUUGCAGUUCUACGUAGUCAUUUUGAUACUGACUCGGGUCUCUACUGUGAAACCAUGUUUCAAUGUUUAGUGACAUCUGUCAGGUUUGGACUUAUUGAUGGUCUGCAAGAGUACUUGGCAAUACCGGACACUGAAAACACUUUUCUGGCGUAUGCAUUACGUGCAAUUUAUGAUAUUACAUUCUACAUCCUGAUCAUUACCAUUGGAUUGAACAUCAUCUUUGGUAUCAUUGUUGAUACAUUCUCAGAACUCAGAGAUGCUAAGUGGAGGACAGAUGAAGACAUGAGAACAUUGUGCUUCAUUUGUGGGCGUGGCAGCUAUGAUUUUGAACACCAUGGGAAAGGCUUUCGACAUCAUGUAAAAUUUGAGCACAAUAUGUGGUCUUAUCUCUUCUUCUUCAUUCAUUUGGAUGAUACCAGGUCAAAUGACUACACAGCAAUUGAACUCUAUGUGUCAAAUAUGUUAAAAGAAGAAAAUCAUGAAUUCUUCCCAGUGAAUCGUGCAUUGUGCCUUAGUAAUGAUGAUGAAGAUUAUGAUACUAAAAUAGAUAUGUUGAUGGCAAGAGUAGAUCAGAUGAUCAGGAGAAACAGAGAAGAGGACGCUAAUCGUCGUCGUGAUGAACUAAGACAGAAACAGAUACAAUGGGAGAAAGAACACCGUGGAUAAUUGGAACUGCCAACAUCUAUUCCUCUGUAUUGUUUACAGGAUAAAAUGAAAAAGAAACAGGAGCUGGCACAGAAAGAUAAACAGAAACAACAACAGUGGGCUCAAAUGAUGCAACGAGCUACAACUGCGAAAGGAAGAAGUAGAGUACCUCAAGACUGAUGAGAACCUCAUUUGUGCUAUUUUUAGAAUAUUUGCUGAAUUCAGUUGACAUACAUGUAUUGUAGUGCCUAAUUUUAUUUGUGAUUAUAUGUAUCAAUAUUUUUAUUCAAAUUAUCCUGUUUGUUGUGAAUAAUAUUGAGAAAUUAGUUAAUAUAAUCAGAAAUGUCUACAUUUGACC